CAUCCGGCGCGGUGAGGAGCAGCCCGAGGAUGGGACGGCGCCCGCAGCUCCGGCUCGUCAAGGCCCUUCUCCUCCUGGGGCUGAACCCCGUGUCUGCCUCCCCCCAGGACCAGCAUUGUGAGAGCCUGUCCCUGGCCAGCAACUUCUCAGGACUGCAGUGCAAUGCAUCCGUGGACCUCAUCGGCACCUGCUGGCCCCAGAGCCCUGCGGGGCAGCUGGUGGUUCGACCCUGCCCUGCCUAUUUCUACGGUGUCCGCUAUAAUACCACAAACAAUGGCUACCGGGAGUGUCUGGCCAACGGAAGCUGGGCCGCCCGCGUGAACUACUCGGAAUGCCAGGAGAUCCUCAAUGAGGAGAAGAAGAGCAAGGUCCACUACCACGUUGCUGUCAUCAUCAACUACCUGGGCCACUGCAUCUCCCUGGUGGCCCUCCUGGUGGCCUUUGUCCUCUUCCUGCGGCUCAGGAGCAUCAGGUGCCUGAGAAACAUCAUCCACUGGAACCUCAUCUCGGCCUUCAUCCUACGCAACGCCACGUGGUUCGUGGUCCAGCUCACCAUGAGCCCCGAAGUCCACCAGAGCAACGUGGGCUGGUGCAGGCUGGUGACCGCCGCCUACAACUACUUCCACGUGACCAACUUCUUCUGGAUGUUCGGCGAGGGCUGCUACCUGCACACGGCCAUCGUGCUCACCUACUCCACUGACCGGCUGCGCAAGUGGAUGUUCAUCUGCAUCGGCUGGGGUGUGCCUUUCCCCAUCAUCGUGGCCUGGGCCAUCGGGAAGCUCUACUACGACAACGAGAAGUGCUGGUUUGGCAAAAGGCCUGGGGUGUACACCGACUACAUCUACCAAGGCCCCAUGAUCUUGGUCCUGCUGAUCAAUUUUAUCUUCCUUUUCAACAUCGUCCGCAUCCUCAUGACCAAGCUCCGGGCAUCCACCACGUCUGAGACCAUUCAGUACAGGAAGGCUGUGAAGGCCACUCUGGUGCUGCUCCCCCUCUUGGGCAUCACCUACAUGCUGUUCUUCGUGAACCCCGGGGAGGACGAGGUCUCCCGGGUCGUCUUCAUCUACUUCAACUCCUUCUUGGAAUCCUUCCAGGGUUUCUUCGUGUCUGUGUUCUACUGUUUCCUCAACAGCGAGGUCCGCUCUGCCAUCCGGAAGCGGUGGCGCCGGUGGCAGGACAAGCACUCCAUCCGCGCCCGUGUGGCCCGCGCCAUGUCCAUCCCCACCUCCCCCACCCGCGUCAGCUUUCACAGCAUCAAGCAGUCCACGGCAGUCUGAGCUGAGGGCCGUGGAGCGCUCACCCGAGGUCUAUGGUU